AUGGCUACCGACACCACCCCUUCCAAGCAGGCCGCUGCUGCCAUUGACUCUUUCAAGAUCGAGUCUCCCAUCAAGAAGAUCAACUUCCACCCCGAAGAUAAAGAAAACCACCCCGUCGACCAGGCAACACUCUCCACUCUUUCUAAGCAGGUCGAUGUCAGGCAUGACAUUGUCAAAGCCGAGAAGGAGACCGAGAAGGAGGUUGCAAACAAGCCAGAGGAGAUUGAUGAGCCUCUGCUCCAAGAGAACCCCCACCGAUUCGUCCUCUUCCCCAUCAAGUAUCACGAGAUCUGGCAAAUGUACAAGAAGCACGAAGCUUCUUUCUGGACUGCAGAGGAAAUCGAUCUGUCCAAGGAUCUCCACGACUGGCACACCCGCAUGAACGAUGACGAGCGUUACUUCAUCUCUCACGUUCUUGCCUUCUUCGCUGCCUCUGAUGGCAUUGUCAAUGAGAACCUGGUUGAGCGCUUCAGCGCUGAGGUCCAGAUUCCCGAGGCCCGCUGCUUCUACGGAUUCCAGAUUAUGAUGGAGAACAUUCACUCAGAGACCUACUCCCUCCUCAUCGACACAUACAUCAAGGAACAGGCUCAGCGCGAGUACCUGUUCAAUGCUAUUGAGACCAUUCCCUGCAUCCGCAAGAAGGCCGACUGGGCAAUUCGUUGGAUCCAGGACAAGAAGUCCACAUUCGCUCAGCGUCUCGUUGCCUUCGCCGCCGUCGAGGGUAUCUUCUUCAGCGGUGCUUUCGCUUCCAUCUUCUGGCUGAAGAAGCGUGGUCUGAUGCCUGGUCUCACCUUCUCCAACGAGCUGAUCUCCCGUGACGAGGGUCUUCACACUGACUUCGCUUGCCUGCUCCACUCCCACCUGAACAACCGUGCAAGCAAGGAGGUCAUUGAGACCAUCAUCACUGACGCUGUCACUAUUGAGAAGGAGUUCUUGACCGAGUCUCUUCCUUGCGCCAUGCUGGGCAUGAACGCCAACUUGAUGAAGCAGUACAUCGAGUUUGUUGCCGAUCGUCUUCUGGUCGCUCUCGGUAACGAUAAGGUAUACAAGUCGACCAAUCCCUUCGACUUCAUGGAGAACAUUUCCCUUGGUGGCAAGACCAACUUCUUCGAGAAGCGCGUCGGUGACUACCAAAAGGCCGGUGUCAUGGCCAGCACCAAGAAGAACGUUGAGGAGACCACAUCCGAAAACAAGGUUGAGAGUGGCGACUUCAGCUUUGAUGACGAUUUCUAA